AUCGAUACCACAAUGUCACCCAACACCCGAAAGAUCGGAAACGACGCCGUUUCGCCUAUAGGUUUCGGGCUUAUGGCGCUUUCUGCGUUUUAUGGUGCUAUUGAGAAUGACGAGGAGAGGUUCAAAGUAUUGGACGCAGCACUCGAAGAAGGGUGCACGUUCUGGGAUUCAGCUGAUAUUUAUGGCGAUAACGAGGACUUGCUCGGGAAAUGGUUCAAAAAGACGGGCAACCGCGAUAAGAUUUUCCUAGCUACCAAAUUCGGGAUCGUUCGAACGCCGGAUAGGAUAGCGAAUGGGACGCCGGAAUAUGUGAAGGCUGCGGUGGAGAAGUCACUUAAGAGGCUUGGGAUUGAGACGAUUGAUUUGUAUUACCUCCAUAGAGCUGACGUCAACGUUCCGAUUGAGACUACUGUCGGCGCGAUGGCAGAACUCGUAAAGCAAGGAAAAGUCAGAUACAUCGGACUCUCCGAAAUCUCAUCAGACACCCUCCGGCGCGCUCACGCCAUUCACCCCAUCGCGGCCGUUCAAGUCGAAUACUCGCCAUUCACGCUUGACAUUGAGGAUGAGAAGAUCGCACUGCUAAAGACGUGUAGGGAACUUGGUGUAGCUGUGGUUGCGUAUUCGCCUUUGGGACGCGGGAUGUUAACGGGUCGUUUUAAAUCGGUGGAUGAGUUGGAAGAUGGAGAUUUCAGGAAGCAUAUACCGAAGUACCGAGAUAACUUCCCAAGUAUCCUGAAGCUCGUCGAUGGUCUUAAAGAACUGGGCAAGAAGCAUAAUGCAACGGCGGGCCAAAUCGCCCUUGCGUGGCUUCUAGCUCAAGGGGAGGAUAUCAUCCCUAUUCCGGGAACCAAAGGAAUCAAGGUUCUCAAAGAAAACUUUGCCGCUAGGGAGGUGAAGCUUACUCCGGAGGAGGUUGAGGAGGUUAGGGCGAUAGCGAAGACGGCGGACGUGUUUAAGGGAGAUCGUUACCCCGCUGGCAUGAUGGCUUCGUUAUUCGCGGAUACACCGAAGCUUUGAGGAUUUGGAAAUUUGUUUCGAUGCCGAAGGAGAGCAAGCUUGUGUAGAUAUUAUGUGAAUGCAUUGCCCCUAGCUG